AUGGAUUCGUUGUCCGCCAAGAGGCGGCCCCGACGCGACCGCCUCAGCAACCUCCAGGACGACCUGCUCGGCCACGUCCUCUCUUUCCUCCCAACCGAAGAGGCCGGCCGCGCCGCCGUCCUGUCCCGCCGAUGGCGCCGUGUCAUCGCCGACGUCCACACCAUAUCUUUCCAAGAGGGACAUAUCGACAGGGUCACCGCUGCGCUCCUGGCCCGGAGACGCUGUAGCGGCGGGGAGACGCGGCUGCGCUGCCUCCGCGUGGCCUUGGGCCCGUACAUGUCGUCGGACUCUUCUACUCUCCACCACUGGCUCUCCUACGCCCUCGACUAUGGCGUCCAGGAGCUCCACCUCGUAACACGCAGGCAGGGUUCCUACGACAUCUCCUGCUGCGUAACCGGUUGCCGUCGGGUCGACGACAUCAAGCUCGGCUUCGCUCAUGGCGGCUACGUCUACUCUGCAGAAGCUGACAAGUACAGCGAAUCAUUCGAUCAGGAUUGGGAAGACGACGAUCCAAUCGACCUUCCGGCAAAGAAGCUCUUUUCCUGCGCUACCCUGCGAGCGCUUCACCUCGUCUCCUGCUCCCUGCGCGGGCUGCCGUCCACCAUCGAUCUCCCGUCCCUGGAGACGCUGGCGCUGAUCGAUAUCUCGCCCUUAUCUUCCAGCGGGGAAGACAUCCAGCGGCUCGUCUCCAGCUGCCCGCGCCUUGGCUGCCUGGCGCUCGAGGACUGCGAGAUCACCGACAUCACGGUGGCGCCAGAAGCCAGAGGCGAGGUCCCCGUCGAGCCGUGUUUCACGUUCGUGGGCGGCGGUGCGCUAACAGCCAUCGCUUCGGCAAAGAUCAACGUCUGCAGCACCGGCAUCUGGCCCAACGGGAAGAUCGACUUCGGGAGGCUCAAAGAGGAGCUCCUGCUCCCGUUCGUGAGCGCCGCGCACCUCCACCUCGGCUGGGUCGACCGAUCCGACGCCCUCGCCGGCGGCGACGAUUUCUUUGCCGAAUUCCCCCUGUUCAACAACCUCACGAGGCUCGAGCUCGGGAGCCGUCUGAUGGAUCCGCGGGUCGUAGCAGCGGUGACAGGGAUCCUGCGGCAGACGCCGAACCUCACUGUUCUGUCGCUCCAGAUCGGCAAGCACGGCAGCAGUGGCUCACCUGAGUGGGGCACCGGCGAUCAUCUGUACCAAUGGAGCUUCGCCGUGGACGUGCCGGAUGUGCAGGCGGCGCAGUGCCUGCGGGAGCGGGUCAAGGAGGUGAGCGUGGAGCAGUACGAGGGGGCCAACGUGCAGAGGAUGCUGCUCAAGUCCUUGCUCCGCGGCGCCCUGGUGCUCCAGUCGCUACGUGUCGUCUUCGCCAACGGAAGAAACUCCGCGCUGGACGAGUUGGCGAAUGAAAUCAGAAGCUGGUCAGCGAAUCCUACUACUACAAGAAUGGCAUUUUGUUAA